GGGGGGAUGAGGAGGGGAGGCUGCUAAGAAGAGAAAAGGGAAGGGGGAAGCUCUCCGCAGGGUUUUCCCGCAGGGGGUGGUGAUCUGGGAGAAGAUGCGGUCCUACAACGUGCUGGAUGCUACCGUGGUGGAUGUGGAGAAGAGGAGAAACCCUUCCAAGCACUAUGUGUACAUCAUCAACGUAUCAUGGUCAGACUCUACUUCCCAGAUCAUCUAUCGGCGGUACAGCAAGUUCUUCGACCUUCAGAUGCAGCUUCUGGAUAAAUUUCCCAUCGAAGGUGGCCAGAAAGACCCCAAGCAGAGAAUCAUCCCCUUCCUGCCAGGUAAAAUCCUGUUCCGUAGAAGCCACAUUCGGGAUGUAGCUGUGAAGAGGCUGAAGCCCAUUGAUGAAUACUGCAGGGCUCUCGUCCGACUUCCUCCACACAUCUCCCAGUGUGAUGAUGUCUUUCACUUCUUUGAGGCUCGGCCUGAAGAUGUAAAUCCCCCCAAAGAGGACUAUGGGAGCACCAAGAGGAAAUCAGUGUGGAUGUCCAGUUGGACUGAGUCUCCAAAGAAGGACUUCACAGGUGCUGACGCCAGCUCAGAACCCAUGAUCCUGGAGCAGUACGUGGUGGUGUCCAACUAUGAGAAGCAAGAGAACUCUGAGCUCAGUCUUCAGGCCGGGGAAGUGGUGGACGUAAUAGAGAAAAAUGAAAGCGGUUGGUGGUUCGUGAGUACAUCAGAAGAGCAAGGCUGGGUUCCUGCCACAUAUCUGGAGUCCCAAAAUGGUACCCGAGAUGACUCCGAUAUCAACACAUCGAAAGCCGGUGAAGUUUCUAAGAGACGCAAGGCUCAUCUACGGCGCCUGGACCGGCGAUGGACUCUGGGCGGGAUAGUCAACAGACAGCAGAGUCGAGAAGAGAAGUAUGUCACUAUCCAGCCGUACACCAGCCAAAGCAAAGAUGAAAUCGGGUUUGAGAAAGGAGUCACGGUGGAGGUCAUCCAGAAGAACCUGGAAGGAUGGUGGUAUAUAAGGUAUCUGGGGAAAGAGGGCUGGGCGCCAGCAUCGUACCUCAAAAAAGCUAAGGACGACCUCCCAGCUAGGAAAAAGAACUUGACGGGGCCCGUGGAGAUCAUCGGAAACAUCAUGGAGAUCAGCAACCUGCUCAACAAGAAAACAUCCGGCGACAAGGAGACCCAAGCGGACAACGAAACUGCCGACUCCCACAUCACCAAGAAGGAGAUCAGCCUGCCCAUCCUCUGCAACGAUUCCAAUGGCAACGCCAUGACGCCAGACAAGCCGGCCUCGAAGCUGGCCCAGGGCUCCCCGGCGGUGGCCAGAAUUGCUCCUCAGAGAGCACAAAUAAGUUCCCCAAAUCUACGAAUGAGGCCCCCUCCUCGGAGAGAGUCCAGCCUGGGAUUCCAGCUGCCCAAGCCCCCCGAGCCUCCUUCCGUGGAGGUCGAGUACUACACCAUCGCAGAAUUCCAGUCCUGCAUCUCUGACGGAAUCAGUUUCCGGGGCGGACAGAAGGCGGAGGUGAUCGAUAAAAACUCCGGCGGCUGGUGGUACGUCCAGAUCGGCGAGAAAGAAGGUUGGGCCCCAGCCUCUUACAUCGACAAGAGGAAAAAGCCCAACGUGAACAGGAGGACGAGCACGCUCACCCGGCCCAAGGUCCCGCCCCCGGCCCCACCCAGCAAGUCCAAGGAGGCUGAGGAGGGGCCGGCUCCCGGAGCCCCAGAGUCCCAGGAUGCCCUGCCCAAGCCCAGGUACGAGGAGCCGGAAUACGACAUCCCCGCCUUUGGGGGGGAUUCCGAGGCUGAGGGACCGGAGGGGCCCCCAGAGGAUGCACCGGCUGAGCAGCGCCCAUCCCCGGCCCCGCGGCCCUCCCCUGCGUCCUCCCUCCAGCGAGCCAGGUUCCGAGUGGGAGAGUCCGCCGAGGAUGUGGCGCUGGAAGAGGAGACCAUCUACGAGAACGAGGGCUUCCGGCCGUACGGCGAGGACCGAGAGUCCAGCGGGGACUCGGACUCCCAGAAAAGCACCUCGCUAUCUCUCCUCAGGAAGAACUCUCCCACAUCCAGUUCCCCGAAGCCCUCCCUUUUGAAACCCCAGGCUGAAAAGCCCACCCAGCCAGGGUUGGGCAAGACUCACUCCUCAUCGUCCUUCUGCAGCAUCUCCACGUCGGCCUCCACUCCCACCCCGGCGCCCUUCUCCCCGAAGAACAGGGAGAUGAAGCCCAGGUCGGCCUCUGAUGUGGGGCUCCGCAGCGGAGCCAAGAGCAGCGGGAAGAAGGAGACCGAGCCGAGAGCCCCGCUGGGCUCCUCUGCCCGGGCGAAGCCGUCGGUGAGGCCCAAGCCCUUCCUGAGCAAGGGAGAGUCCCAGAGCCAGGAGAAGAUGGACAUCAGCACCUUGCGGCGGCAGCUCCGGCCCACCGGGCAACUCAAAGGUGGGCUCACGGGCUCCAGGAGUGAGGAAUCAGCAAGCCCACCGCCGACAGCCCGCGAGCGCCCCGGGGAGAGCCGGCGGAGGGGCUCGGCUGACCUCAUCCGUCCGCCCGCCCGCCUCGGCACCAGCGGCCGGCCGGGGAGUGAGCGGGACCAGGAGGGUGGGGAUGCCUAUGUGACCUGUGACUCCUAUCAGAAGGUCCAAGAUUCCGAGAUCAGUUUUCCCGCUGGCGUGGAGGUGGAAGUCUUGGAGAAGCAGGACGGCGGUUGGUGGUUCGUGAAGAUUGGAGAGCAGGAGGGCUGGGCCCCUUCCCACUUCCUCGUGCUCGAGGAGAACCGGCCCCGGGAGACGACCCCUGCCCGGGAGACCCCCACCCGCGAGGCCAGUCUGCCCCCGGCUCCGAGCGGGAAGGACAACGAAGGCCGAUCCAACAGCCUGGAGAAAAUCGAGAAGAGAGUUCAGGCCCUGAAUACCAUCAACCAGAGCAAGAGAACCAUGCCUCCCAUACCAUCCAAGCCUCCCGGGGGCUUCUCUAAGACCUCGGUGAAGAUGAGGAACGGGGUCAGGCAGCUGGCGGUCAGGCCUCAAUCCGUGUUCGUCUCGCCGCCCCUGCCCAAGGACAACACCACGGCCCGCGCUCUCCGGCGCAACGAGUCCCUGAUGGCCGGUGACCCGCUGCGGGCUGUCCGCCGCAACGCCUCCUUCAGCACCGCACGCUCUCCAGCUGGAGACACCGGAGGUGGGUCGGAGGAGCGGGCGGGACUGGAGGGCCCCGAGCCUCCGGUCCCGGCCUCCCGGCGUGAGGGCAUCCCUGUGUCCGCGGUGCGGCCAAAGCCCAUCGAGAAGGGCCAGUUCAUCCACAACAACCUCAAAGACGUCUACGUCUCCAUCGCGGACUACGAAGGCGAUGAGGAGACGGCGGGAUUCCAGGAAGGCGUGUCCAUGGAAGUGCUGGAGCGGAACCCCAACGGCUGGUGGUACUGUCAGAUCAUGGAUGGCGGGAAGCCCUUCAGAGGCUGGGUGCCCUCCAACUAUCUGGAGAAAAAGAAUUAGUGUUGGCCAGUGGAACUCUAAAGCGUAAUUUAUAUAGUUCCUGCUGCAUCUUUGUUUUGGGAGGGGGGAAAAAAUUCUCACAAAAUCCACAAAAGACGAUGUCCCCACAAAGACAUUCUCUUGCGCUCUGGUGUGAGUGUGGGUGUCUCUGUGUGCGUGUGUGUGUGUGUGUGUGUACACGUGUGUGUAUGUGAGUAUGUGUGUAUACCACGUCUGAAAAGACUGCUGCUCGGGGAACCUGAUGGAGGAUGGAGAUCAGGACUUUUUACGGACGUUUGCAGGGGGUCAAGUGUCAAAAGGGAUUUACUAAAUAUAAAAGAAGAGGGGAGAAAAACCCUAAAGACUUCUGUAGAGCCAUUAAUAAUUUGCAUGGGAUCAGGGUCUAAUGAUUGGGAAAAUCCUGUCGGUGCCUUUGGCUGCACAGCCUGGCUGGGCGGAAGGCCCAAGGGGGCCAGCCUCCCCUGGCCCCGAUCCCCAGUUCUCUCCAAACGUUGGGUUCACCAGGCGAGAGGAAACCCAGCCACCAACGCCUCUCAACCAAAACGUCUCCAACCCAAAGGCAGUCAUAAUCUCCAAAUGUGUCCAUCCACCCACGCUCCAAAGAGGAAAUCAACGCUUCAGCCCAUGAAGUUGGAAGGGCAGAGGUACUGGGUUUUGGGGGACGGAACAACUCCGUGUGGUGAGAUUUGAAUUCUGCCUCCCUGGGAUCCAGCUGAACCCUAGAGUUGGCGCCUGGAAGCAGGUCCAAAACAGCAGGCUUUCCUGCAUCCCAGAGUUGGAGGGAGUCUCUUGGGUCUCUUCCGGACCAGCCCGGGGUGGUGGCGCUCUUGGUAGACGACAGAGAGCAGAAGAAGCAGCCCCUCCUCCUCCGCCUCUUUCAAAAUCAGAACUAAGCACUCCCCCUCCUCACCCACCCUCUUUCCAUGGAGCAACAAAUCCACUCGCAAGUAGUUGGAGGCGAGGCACGUCGGGCCAUCCCGCAGGCAGCAUCAGCGUUUACAGAGAAAACCUGAAAAGCCAUUCUUUCAUAAUCUGCACAACCUUUAAUUUGUAUAUUUUGGGGAUUUUUUUUUGUGAUUUGUGUGUCUGUGAGGUCAUCACUUCCCUAUGUUUCUGGGACCUCAAUGACCUUUUUGUUAUUUUGUGUCCCUUCAUCCUUGCUUUUCAAGAACAAGGUGGGUGGCUUGUUUUCACGUUGGUUCCCACUUUAGUAUGAAAGUGGGGCAGGCUGGGAAAGGCCAACCAUGGCUCCCUGGCCCUAGGGGGCUGUCAGAACUGAGCUCGGGGCCCUGGAGCGAGGCAGACAAAGUCAGGAGCUGCGCUUUUCCUUUCCUGUACCUUCGGAGAAAGGGCUCCCGUGCCUUCCCCCCAUCCCCACCUCCCCAGGAAGAGAGAGGGGAAUCAGGCAUCUUAUAGCCACAGAAGAGAUAAAUCUGAAAAGGCCCUGAUCUCCAGGUGAACCUAGGCUGCCAGGUGGUCAGACUGAAGUUCGCCCUCACUGGCGGGCGAGAGCCAAUUUCAGCAAAAUUCACAUCUCGGGGAUGGUUCCAGAGGGCCCCGAUCACCCCUCUGUGGACACCCCAUGUCCUUGUUCAACAAGAAGCGGACCUUAAACGGAAUGGCCCGAGCCAGUGCCUUCCCCGGUCCCUCCCCGGAUUGGUGCCCAGGAGGCCAUUUGGAAAAUGGAUUUGACCCUCUGAGCCGGAAGGAGAACUCUGGCAUACGGUGUGAGAAGAGGCGGGAGAGCCGCGUCCCGGAGCAGGAAAAGAGCGAGCGAGAGAGAACAACCCUCAAGAACCAAUCCCACGCCAGUCGCCGUUUGGUUCGGUUGUGUUUUCAAUUAACGUUGCAGAUGCAAGGGAAUCGUGCCAGCAGUCAGUCGGAGACUAGUCAUCGCAAAGUCGAGUUACUCUAGCAGGUUGUGGGAAUCCGUUCUCCCACUCUUCUGUGACUUCCUGAGGUCCAGCUUCCCAGCCACCAGAGAGAGCCUGAUGGUGGCCUGACGAUUAGCAGUCAUGUCAGUGUGUCUUCACGGGCUGAAGCACACCGGGCUAGAACAAAACGCCCCACCGACUAGAUAUCGGGGUCUCUAAAGAAAGUCAUUUUCUAUUUCACUGGGGGCAUUGUUUGGAAUUUUAUUGUGCUCCUUGCUAGUCUCGAUAUCCUGGUAUGGUGGCAGCUAUAUUGUUUUGCCAAAGGACUGUUGCGAGAUUAUUUUUUUGGUUUGUUUUGGGGGUUUUUGGGGGGGUGGGGGGGGUUUGUUAUUGUUGUUAGAAGUGCUAUAUUCUUCUGCUGGACAGUAUUAAAUAGAGCAGCACAUAGAGUUUUCUGCUAGACUGCAGUACUAAUGAUAGUGACUUAGUGACUCGUAUUAAUUUUAAUUAUGAUUUAUCUGAACAAUAAUGAUGAAGAAGUGGUUCAUUAUUUUGAAUUGAUGCACUUUAAAAAUGGAAAAGAAACACAGAGAGCUUAAGUGCAUUGCUUAAAGGUGCAGUAUAUACUUUUCUCAAUUUUAAACAGCACAUAUUUAUUAAAAUGAAAAAGUAAUUUAUGAUUAUUUAAAAUAAAAAGAAAUUAUAGUGACCGUCUGGUUAGAGAACUGUCCCCACAGCUAUCUCCUGAGGGAGCGGGUUCGGAUGUGCUUCCAUCCCCCGGCCCCCACCCCCCCGAUUUCUGCAUUGAGCCAAUACAAUCUAAAGUGCAUUAGGUCGGCCCCGUGAGAGCCCCAAACUCUCGCUUUUGCACAUCUCUGGUGAGAGUUGGGAGGGUGACGAAUGUGGAGAGCAAAGGCCCAAAACUCACUGGUGGGCUGGAGAGGUUUCUUGCUCCGUGUCGCAUGGAGGGCCUGGCAGAGAUGUCACGUGGUUCGUAAUUCAGUCUCUGCCCCGGGCCCAUCUCAGCGCCCAGGGCCAAUUGCCCCAUCCCAGCAUUUGCUUUGGCCCUCACGAUGCCCAGCCUCCUUUCCCCCCGCAGCGACGGGUCCUCAGAACAGAAAGCUCUGGCAGAGCACCCCCGCAGUCAAAUCUGAGGAUCCCUUGCUGUGGCCGAGGAAAAGUUGUCUUUGUGUCACUGGUCGGCGGUGCCGGCCGGGCCCGAGCCCCGUGGUGGGCUCCGAACUGGACAGGGUGGACCCUGGAGGGUUUGGAUCGAUUGACAGAGACAAUUCAGCUGUCAGCCCCUGUCCAAUUUGGGAGCAAGAAGAGCAGAUAAACUUAGUUAUGGUUAAAAGGGGGAAGAGAAGAUCAGAUAAGGCCAAUAAGUCAGCUCUGAAGGCAGCUGAAGGAGAAGUAAAUGUUUCCGCUACUUGAACUGAUUGCUUGCUGGUCUGCUCCGGCAGAUGUUACCCUUGUUUGCCCCGAGCCCCGUGAGGAGGGACCCAUUUCAGCCCCCUUUUCCACCAGCUGGUUCUCCCGAGUCCUUCCCGCCAGAUAGGGACAGCGGUACUCGCUCCCCAAGGCUGUUGAGCCCCGCCAUCUUCCUCGGUCAGAGGGUGCGGCAACCACUUGACUUGGCUCUAAAAUGGCUCCCCUCUGCCCUCGCGAGAGCCACAUGGCCAAAGCUGAAAUCCCACGGAGUCAAAACUGGAGCUUUACACUAGAUGCAAUUGAAGAUGUGAAAUGAUUUAUGGCUGUAUACUGCAACUUUAAUGAUAAUGAGCACUUCGGACGUUGUUAUUGAGGUUUAUAUAAUGCCUGAAACUUCCCCCCUACCCACCCCUCCCCCCGGACCCUUUCUCAACUCUACAGACGUUUUGUUUCUUUUUUUAAAAUGUAAAGCGUCUUCAUCUCUGACACAUCAGUCUAAAAGUACCAAUUAGUUUUUGUCUUUUUGUCUGGGUGGAAUUGGGCCAUCUCUUGGAGUGUGUCCAAUUUGCCCUAAAAGCCAGAAAAACUAAAAACUUAAAAAACCAAAACCUCUUUUAGGGAGGAUUUUAGGCUACGGGAUUCUUUGCCCGCCUGUUUGCCUGCCCUAGAAGAAAUCUUUGAGGUGCGUUUUAUGUUUCCACGUGUGGAGACAGAGGCAGGCCCUGGCCAUUUAGGGAAAAAUGGCGGGUGUAUGUAAUAUCAGAAUCCAGAUUUGGCCUUUCCGGAUGUGAGCCUGUGUCGUUUUCCCUUCCCCUUCUUUAUGUUUUGACGAAGGCAUUAUAUAGGUGUUUUAAUCACUUUCAGAUUUUAGUGCAGCGUAUUUUACUGUAAUAUGUAUCCAUUGCUUUUCUCCAGUAAAACGUGCUACUGCUUCUAUCAUCUAAGAGAAUCCCAAGGAACCUGGUAGGGCAUUCCUUGUUUCCAUGUACCUAGUAUUUACGGAGUAGGCAUAGUGCUAUUUAAUUUUAGACCUCGGUUGAUAGCUUUUUAAAAAAGAGUUCCUAUUUUCCUAUGUUUGUAUUUUACUAAUAUUCUAUUCCUUGAUGGUUACACUUUUUUUUUCCAAAUACUUUGCAUUCUCGAUUUAAAAAAAAAAAAACUCCACAGAGAGGAUAAGUGCAAUAUUUCUAUGAGAAACAUCAGGCCUCAUCCAGGACUUCAGGGUGGUUUUCGCCAUGUGUCAAAUCGGUCAUUUCCAAACCACGCACUCUUAGAGAGCAGAGGGGAAGGAAGUGUGGGGGGGGAGGAGGGGAGGUACUGCUGGGAAGGAAGAGAGCCAGGGAUGGAUGGAUGUGUUUGUUUGCUUUGGUUUUCAGUGUCACAGCUCCUAGCGAAUGAGAAACGUUAGAGUUGAGCAGCAGCUAAGUCACUGGGAAAGUAUCAGGAGAUCGCAAGGUCAGGGAUGGAGUCCAGCCGGCCAGGAACAGGUGGUUUGUUUGCCCCAAACCCCAGAGCCGCUGCUCGGCUCCAGCUGUGGCCACUAAAGACCAAGCACUGGAAGAGUGGGGUGCAGGUGGGGGGUAGGCUCUCCAGUGAUUAGACCCAGGGAUCUCACUGCUUCGCUGUCCUCAGCCCCUGGCCCUAAUUGACCUCAGGCCUGACGCUUGUCUGAAACGCUAAAAAAUUUUUUCUCCAUGAAGUUGACUGGGAAGCUUUUUUUUUUUAGCCUUCCACAGGCAAUUCCCCCUCGGAUCAGAACUCCUCUAAACAGCUUGUACAGUGUCUUGGCAACAAGGGAGAGUUUAAAAGCGACUUUUUUUUUCCUUUUUAAACUAAGUAACCUCAAUUGAGCGAAUGGGGCAGAGCAACAGGAGUAAGCAGAUGCCACUUCUAUGGGCAGUAGCUGCCUAAUCCACUGCCCAAGUGAGGCCUAAGUGAGGCCUCCCCAGAAAAGCUCCAUUAUGAUUGGCGGAGAGCCUCCGGUCGGGAAAACCUACCAGUGACCUGAGCUCGGCCAGGCCGGGCUCGUUCAUCUCAACUGGAGCACUGCUGCUGCUUCUAACCAGAGUCCUCCCGGCACCCCUGGGGCAGCCCUGUCCGGGGGGAUACCUAAUGACUUCCCCUCUGGUGUUUGGUUCGGUUUGGGGUUUGUCUUCCAAGGAGGAUGUGGCCCUGGAUCAGGUGCCCUGGGUCGGCAACCUCAGCAUUCCCCAGGUUCAGCCAGGCUGGCCACUGGGUCACUUCCUUCAUGUCAAUGACAUUUUCCUGCCUUGGUUGGUUGGGGGGGACAGGAGGAGAACCACUGGGCAGAAAAGACCAAACUGAGGACCACACAGAGAGUUUCUUUUGCCUGUGUGAGACCCUCAGUCCAUCUAACAGCUCAGUGGUCACUUAGAAUAGCUCUCUGCCGGAUCUCCCUAAACCCAGUACUGUACAGUGGCCGUCCCACCGCCUCAGAAUCCACAUUCCUCUGUUCCGGUGAUAUUUUGGGGAUCUCUGGAGAGGGAGUUGUUCACGACACUAAAGAGUUAGCUUCCCUCACUUUUUUGAGGGCUUAUGUGUGUGUGUGUGUGUGUGUGCUGUGUGUGCUGUGUGUGUUGUGUAUGUGUUGUGCCUGGGUUGAGAAGAGAGGAUGGCGGGUGGUUUGGGGGGCGAGGGGGUGGUGGAGAGACAGGGAGCAGUGAUGUUCCCACUUAAGGUAACUAAGGAGAGACAGGUAGAACAAAGGAGACUUCUCUGUUUUAGGCCAACAGCAUUGGGCAGGUCCCAGAAACCUCGCUGCUUUGUGAGGUCAAGCAUUCACAUAGGUUAUUCAGGCUGAAGAGUGCAAUGUGUGUCUUUUGUUGUUGUUGUUGUUGUUGUUGUUUUCGUUGUUGUUUUUAAUUAUUUGGUUGAAAACUUCACACUGGCGUUAACAGACCUGUCUUGAGCAGCCCGAGCCACCACUGUCCUGUGUUGAGAUUCCUGUUUGUUUACAGGAUCAAAACUAAGGAUAUAUUUAAAAAAAAAAAUACAAAGUAUUGGAAAGCAAAAGAUCCUGAUAGAAGCAGCUCCUCGCGUGUGCUAGAGGGGGCUGGGGCCCCAAAGAGCGGGAGUACUGAUUGAUGUCAUGUCCCAAGAUCCUCUCGCCACCUCAUCUCUCUGCUUCCGCCCCUGCUGGCCACAGAGGCCCCUUAUGGGCUUUCUUCAUAGUGAAAACUUUCCCACUUUGCAACUGCAAGUCUCAGUCCCCCAAGGAAAGAGAAAUUGGUGCCCUUUGGAAGUGCCUGAAUCGAGAAGCCUGCUGGGUGCAGAAGAAGGAGGAAGGGAGAGAGGGAGCAGCCCCACUGAUCCUUGGGUGGUGGCUGAGUCCUAAGCAUGAAUUGUGACCUCAUUUCUUCAGCACCCACCAGGUUGCCACACAGUCUCUGAGGCCUUGUGAGUGGCUCUGUGGGGGUGAGGAGGGAGGCUGGGUUUUCUCGAUCUUCAGCGUCCCCCGUUAGGAAUCGUGUCGGUCACAGAUGAACCACUCUGUCCCCCAGACUCUCCCCACCACCCCCUUCCAUCGGCCAGGGGGUUUGCAGGCCACACAACAGUCCGUUUGAGUUGCCGAUGACUCUGCUUUUAGAUACAAAAUGGGAAAGGCCUGGGGUCUCAGGGGAGCGGAGAGACGGGAAGAGACCACUAGCUGUUUCCAGCCAGAGAACGCUAGUGCCUUCUCUGGCCUUCUCCAGGCCAGCUGGGCUCAUUCACCCCUGCAAAACCAAAGCCCUUGGGGUCCUAGGAGGAGUGAAUCUGAGAGGCGAUUUUCCAGCUGGCCUGUGCAGUGUGCUGCCCUCCUGUGUUUUCAGAGCAAACGUGAGCGAGUUGGUGGGGAAGGGGCAGUGUCCCCAUAACUAGACAAAGAGCUGCACCUUCUCUCCUCUUGGUUUUCUGCGGCUCCCACCUCUUAAACGGAAAACAGUCCUGCAGCCACCUGCCUCUGGACCCGGAAGGGCUUGAUCGACGAUGCUGAGAUUCAAACACCUUGUCACCGUGGGGUUGGGGCCAGCCCGGAUUCAGGGCGGAGGCUGGAGGUCUUGCACUCUAGCCUAGGAAUCAACCCAGGCGGGGUCCCUGGCCCAGCAGCCGGCAGCUCCCUGUCUAGUUAUUGGGCAUUGCCUGUGAGAGGUGAAGGCCGCUGAGGCCGAGAAGGAGGAUCGGUGGUUGGUAGAGCACGUCGGUGGACAGAGAUAGAGUCACGUAUGGCUGAGAGGUGGAGUGCACGUUUUUGUUGGAUGGGAAUCCUCUUCUGCCGUUGCUGGCGAGGAGCUUUCUGGAGUUUCGGGGAGAUUGUGGAGCAUUGUAAGGAAGUUUGAAUGAGGAAGUGAAUUAGACUCAGAGGGGAAAACGAGCGAGUGUGUCUUUCCAGAUCGGACAGGCGGGAGUGAGGGGACAAAGGCGGGGUUGAACGACAGAAAGAAAACGAGGACAGUUUGCAUGAAAGAGCUAGAUGACUUGGUCCUUUUCGGGGGUGAGGACAGCCGGGCCUGACCGGUUUGCUUGGGCCACAAGGAACAUUUAAAAAGUGGUCUCUUUCCCAAGCGGGAGCCUUAAUACCUGGAAGACAAGGCCUGUGUCUCCUUCCCUCAGAAGCAGGUCAGCGGUGGACUGGGCCAGGUUGGAAGCAUGAGGAGUGAGUGUCUUUGCUCUGCUAACACAGGGGGAAGGGCCCCGUGGAAACCGCCAUUCAGAGAAACAACUCAGCCAGCUGGUUUAUGGACAGGAGCGGCAGUGGGAGGGGAAGUCGAGGUGGGCAGUGUUGGAGGCCAAAGAGUUAGAACUGACAAAGAACUUCCAAAGGGUGAGUUUCCUCCAACUUUCUCAAAGCCAUUUUUUCUGCUCUGGGAGGGUUUCAGAAAGUCAUCUCGGCUGGUCUCUAAAAGCCAGGCCUGUCCUUGGCCUUUCCCUGAUGAUUUUCUUGGCUGUUGUGUCCCCAGAGGAAAGAGCAGGAUCAAAUGAUCUCUUGACUGUCCCAUCCUCCUCCUCUGGAGCCAGCAGGUCGUUUGUGUGCCAGAAGCCCCCAGUGCCAGGAUGGGAGAGGAGGGCAGGAAAAGAGGUCCCAGAAGGUAGGCGGGGUAAUGGGCUCUGCCCGAUGGGUGGGCCGUUAUGGCUAAAAGGUUCCCCCUCACCUGCUCAGUGGAUGGACAGGGGUCGAUCGGGGAGGUCCACACGCCUGCCACAGUGGCCGGGGGGACGCUUUCUAACUCCUUUCUUCAUUCCCCUGCCACGCUCUGGCUGACGGAGCUGGAGGAGGCCCGGCAGCCUGCAUCUUUCCCAAGCUGAAUGGCGACUUGGAGCUCUGAGAGCAGCGGGCAAAACUUGACAAUCUUUUGCCUGAGGGGUCAGAUCCAAACAUUCCCCGGAGUAAGAGAGUGACCAGGGCGGGGGCCAACUCCGUCUCCCUGAGCCGCGAAGGCCGUCCGGGUAACUCCAGGAGCGUGGGCCACUGGGAACUGAGGGGAAUCGCAGCAAUUUCCCUGCUUUGGGAGCUGUAGAGAGUGGCCGUUCCUCGCAGCACCCAGCUGGAUUGGGAUAUUGAGUGAGGCCAACUGGUUGACUGAUUGGGGGGUUCAGCUGGGAAUAUGUGGGCCGGUGGGUGAACCGGAAAAAGGACCAGAAGGGGGCAGCAAGUUCUUUGGGAAUGAGCUCCUGCACCAUUGUUGGAAGGGAAGGCCGCCAUGAAGGCUAAAUUCCCGGCCAGCAUCCUGGGGCUCGCUGCAGGUUUCUGCUGCGGAGAAACUCCUAAAUAUCUAUCUCAGGCAGAGAAGACUUGUUCGGGGGAAAUUUUCUUCUGCGCUCAUCUCCUAGGCUUAUUGUUUCCUCCGACCAAAGGUGGUGCUAACUAUUUCCCUAUUUGGGGUAUUUAUCUCUUUUGUUGUUUUUACCUGUUUGGAGUUUCAAAUGCGCAGGGUCCUUGCUAAAGCUGGGAGGACCCGGCCCAGCAGCUUAGGGGCGCAGAGACGUUGAUUAGUAAAUUUGACCGGGCUCCUUGGUAUGCAGAAAGGAUGCUAUAUCUUGGAAUGCUUGUAGACUGUAAGAUUUGGUUUGUGAUUUUUUUUUGUAUUCUGUUUAUGUUUACAUCGCAUCUUAUAUUGCCCUAAAAACUAAAUAAAGUUUUUGACCUUUUUAA